GUUGCUCCAUAGACGUGCUUUCUGCACCUCGUUAACGUUGCGCGGGUUUCUCCCCAAGUUGCUGUUGUCGCCUCUUUAUCUUCUCUCCUCCGUUUUCUCUUUUCUUCUUCUUUGUCCUGUAGGCCUUGAAGGCCGACGAGGAGUGUGCUUUGCUUUGAGGUUGCAUGAAAGUCCAAGACACCGCAACUGCGCAAUCGAAAUCCCCGAUCAUCACGCCUUUUCUUCUUUUAUUUCCUCAGCAUUUCCAACCUUGCAUGCCGACAUAAUUCUAUCGACUUUCUUUACAUCUACUAAGCAAUAUGAAUCGCAUGGACAGCGGGUUCUCCAUGACCGUUACCGACCAGCAGCACUUGAAGACUACUAUUAAGAGGGGAGAAGAAGAAGAGGAAGAAGAUAAUCACAACCGUCCUACACCCGACGCAAUAUCCUCUCCCCCUACCCGGAGCAAUGGAAAGAACCCCCAGGAACCUCAACAAGAACCCCCAAUUCCACCAUCAACACCCGACCAGCUCCUCUCCUCCAACUUUCCCCUCAUCACCUCCAAACAUAUCGAACCCACCUCCCGCUCCCCGAAAUCCACCCCAACUACCCCAAGAAGGGCCCACAAACCCUCGCACUCCAUCUCCUCACGAUCGCACUCCCACUCCCACGCCCACUCCAAAUCCAAAUCCAAAUCCCUCCCCUCGUCCUCCUCCGGUGACGUCCGUUCCAGGCCCUCCUCCCACCGGACCUCGUGCACGCUCGUCGAUCCCUCACGCCCGACGCGGCAGCAUCGAAUCAACAGCUUGAGCGCGCAGAGCGCGAGCCAGGACGUGGAUGAUGUGUUGGCGUUGCAUUUUAGGAGCUAUGCGCUGUUCCACCCUCCUCCACCGCAGACGAUGACGCAGACAGAGGCGCAGAGGGCAUCACCACUGUUUUACGAAGAGUUAUGUGUUGGUGGUACAUGUGGACGGCAGGAGGGACCAAAAUCGCUGGACGAGAAUCACCACACCUCAUCACGAAUGGAAAAGAUCCCACCACCGACGACGACGCAUUUCCUACUUCCCUCAACGCGUCGCAAACAGUACGAGCGUAUCCGGCGCGCGCAUAGCGGGUUGCGCGGCUUGUUGCGCAGGGUUGUGCCGUGUGCGAUGGGCCCUGCGCCGGUGGCCUUUUAUGAAGGGGGAAGGGAGAGCGAGGCAGGGAGUGUGAGGAGGUUUAGGAUGGAUGUGGACGAGGAAGAGGAAGGUGAAGAGGAAGAAGAGGGGUUCGAUUUUGAAAAGGGGUCGAAGGGAGGGGUGCAAGAGAGGGGGAGUUUGGAAAGGAAGGAGAAGGACAUGGGAACCAGAGAGGAGGAGAGAGUGAGGAGGAAGGGGAGCCGAUGGGGUCGAUUGUCUAGAUGACGGAGGAAGAAUGAAGCAGGGAGCAGAGGGGAGGUUGGCUGCAGUGAUGAGUAUGACGAUGUUCCAGGAUAUGAGCUUAUGAUUUGCGUUUCUACGGCAUUCUGCGUC